CCUGCCUUCUCCCCCUCACCUGGACAGCGUCCCUCCCUCCAGCCACCGCGACGCGUCCUCGUCCCCUCGCAUCCCCCUGCCUCAGCUGUGGCGGGAGAAGACAGACACGGGUGGGACAGUUGCGGACCACGCUCGGGAGAGGGCCGCAAGGUGGAACCUGAACAGUGAUAGAAAUAAAGAGAGGACGUUCCCGAAGUUCGCCCUUCUACUGAGACAGGAACCGAGGGAGAGGAAGGACGACCCAGAAGCACCCCAGGCCUAAACUCGGCUGCCCUCCCCAUUUCUCAACCGCCGAGUCCGCUCUCUUCUUCACUAACCGCUCCUCAUUUCUCUCUCACCACCUCCUUGCCAGUCUAGAGCCAUCCUGGUUCCUAAAUGUGCACACCAUUGAGAUCAUCCAGGCGAGGAAGCCACCAAAGUCUAGAAGACUGGGAAGGGGGCUGAAUCGCCAAUCAAAGCUGGAUUCUAAUGGUUAAAUAAUGGAAGAGACAAGUCUGUUAGAGGCUGGGGCCUCUGCGGCCUCCACAGCUGCAGCUCUGGAGAACUUACAAGUGGAGGCAAGCUGUUCUGUGUGCCUGGAGUAUCUGAAGGAGCCUGUCAUCAUUGAGUGUGGACAUAACUUCUGCAAAGCUUGCAUCACUCGCUGGUGGGAGGACCUAGAGAGGGACUUCCCCUGUCCUGUCUGUCGGAAGACAUCCCGCUAUCGCAGUCUCCGGCCCAAUCGGCAGCUGGGCAGUAUGGUAGAAAUUGCCAAGCAGCUCCAGGCUGUCAAGAGGAAGAUUCGAGAUGAGAGCCUAUGCCCCCAGCACCAGGAGGCUCUCGGCCUCUUCUGCUAUGAGGACCAGGAAGCUGUGUGUUUGAUAUGUGCCAUUUCCCACACCCACCGGGCCCACACCGUCGUGCCACUGGAUGAUGCAACACAGGAAUACAAGGAGAAACUGCAGAAGUGCCUGGAGCCGCUGGAGCAGAAGCUUCAGGAAAUCACCCGUUGCAAGUCCUCCGAAGAGAAGAAGCCUGGGGAGCUCAAGAGACUGGUGGAAAGUCGCCGGCAGCAGAUUUUAAAGGAGUUUGAAGAGCUUCAUAGACGGCUGGAUGAAGAGCAGCAGAUUUUGCUCUCACGACUGGAGGAGGAGGAGCAGGACAUCCUGCAGCGACUCCGAGAAAAUGCCGCUCACCUCGGGGACAAGCGCCGGGACCUGGCCCACCUGGCUGCCGAGGUGGAGGGCAAGUGCUUACAGUCAGGCUUCGAGAUGCUUAAGGAUGUCAAAAGUACCCUGGAAAAAUGUGAGAAGGUGAAGACCAUGGAGGUGACGUCAGUGUCCAUAGAGCUGGAAAAGAACUUCAGCAGUUUCCCCCGACAGUACUUUGCCCUAAGGAAAAUUCUUAAACAGCUAAUUGCGGAUGUGACCCUGGACCCUGAGACCGCCCAUCCUAACCUAGUCCUGUCAGAGGAUCGUAAGAGCGUCAAGUUUGUGGAGACCAGACUCCGAGAUCUUCCCGACACGCCACGCCGUUUCACCUUCUACCCUUGUGUCCUAGCUACUGAAGGCUUCACCUCAGGCCGACACUACUGGGAGGUGGAAGUGGGUGACAAGACCCACUGGGCAGUGGGUGUGUGCCGGGACUCUGUGAGCCGGAAGGGUGAAUUGACUCCACUUCCUGAGACUGGCUACUGGCGGGUGCGGCUGUGGAAUGGGGACAAGUAUGCAGCAACUACAACACCUUUCACCCCUUUGCACAUCAAGGUGAAACCCAAGCGAGUAGGCAUAUUUCUAGACUAUGAGGCUGGCACACUGUCUUUUUAUAAUGUCACAGACCGCUCACAUAUCUACACGUUCACUGAUACUUUUACUGAAAAACUUUGGCCCCUCUUCUAUCCGGGCAUCAGGGCUGGUCGGAAGAAUGCUGCACCACUGACCAUCAGGCCCCCGACAGAUUGGGAGUGACAGGGUGGGACGUGGGAUCCAUUGGGGUAAGGCAGGGUCAAGAGCGGUGCGCUGUGUCCUGCUGGAAUGUCUUGGUGUCCACCUGGCUCGAGUCCUGAGUCGUCUUGGAGAAACACUCUGGUCUCUAGGAUGGUUUCUGUGGAGAAGUACAUAGGACUGAGCUGCAUGACAGAGCACAGCUGUGUCUCCCUCCUUGCUGUCAAGAGUGGGGAGCUGGUCCGCAGAGGAUGACCUCUCCACUGUCCAUCAGGUUUUCUGAUUGCACAACGACAGGUUGGAAAGUCAGGAAAGGCUUUUCCAGAAACAGAAAGUCAGUGGGGGGUGGGUCUCAUUUUGCUGAGACCAGAGAGGAAACAAACCUAAGUAGGGGCUUCUUUGACCAGAAUGAUUUUGUUUCUUGAGGAAAACUUCAGGGGUCUUUGCACCUCAGGAUGGAAAAAGGAUGAAUGAAAGUUACUGGGUCUAGAAGUUGAGUUUCUGUGGGGGCAGAGUUUGUGCAUCAUGAAGGUUAGAAGAUCAGGGAAGAGCUAAAGGAAAAGAUUCCUAGAAACUAUUGAAGAGAAGGAGGUUUCUUUAGCCUUCUAUUCCCAGCCAUGAUGAUUAGGAUUGCCCAGAGGUAAGAAUGUGGGGAGAAGGGGAGGGUAGAAAAAAAGAACCCAGGCCUUAGCCUUCAGCAGAGCUGGCUCAUCUGCCUCCUCACAGUUGUCUCCAAGAGAUUGUUCACCUUGCACCUCUCAGAGGUGAGGGGAGAGACCCUGCAAAACACAUCCACCUACCCACUCUUCUCCCAAGGGAGCGUGAAAAAGAGUCUGGUAUUAGAGGAAAGAGAAAGGUUUAUCUACCUGAAGUUCUGGCCUUAAAAAGUGUUACCCAGUCGCUGCUCCCAAAUUGUCCGCUUUGUCACCUGGCUCAGGUGUCCAUUCCAAAGGGGAAGGAAGGUAAUGGAGUCUUUCUUACCUGAGAACAGGGUAGAAGAGGAUGAUGCAUGUUGGGAAGGGCCAGACAGGCAACUUCCUUUUGCCUGUGCAUCUGACCUGGAACUAAUGUUCACAACAGCCUUUCACAUGUGUGUCACCAUCCUUCACUCUUUGCUAUCUCCCCUUUCAGAGAAUGUAUAUCAUUUUAAUGUUAGGCCAAAACAAACCUGUAAAGUACAUAUGUUGUCAAGGUAAAGCAAUGCAUGCCAA